UGCAACCACUGCAUUGCAUUGUCAGAGGACGAACGUCGGUGUUUGAGAUGAAAAGUGCCGUCAGCUUUUUAUUUUCCCCAAAAAAAGUCUACAAACCUUGAAUUUUUUGCCUUGAAAACUAUCCCAAUUCUUUGAAUUUAAAAUCUUCGACAUGGAAUCACAGGAACGUUCCGAAAUAUUACCAAUUGGAUCAGAAAAUCAAUUAGUAACAUCAAAUAUUGAGAUUGGGGAGAAACAUGAUAACAUCAGUAUUGAGAAUGAAAAUUCAAAGUCGCCCCAUUCUGAUCAGGACGGUGAAGGUGAUCAAGCUGACCAGGAAGUAGCAUCAAUGGAGGAAACUACGGACGCUUGUCCAAAAUCACCUGAAGACCCUCAAUCUCCACAAUCACACGGCUCAAAACCCGAUAGUCCAACCCCUCAGGAUGUAUCCAGUGAGAAUGCGGAGAUUGAGAAUGAAAGACAAAGUCGCUCGAGAAGCCGUUCAGCUUCCCCAAAGAGUUCCCAAGGUGAUGAUAUUCAAGAGGUGGUAAGGGAGGAUGUAGUGGAUGAUAAUGAGUCUGUGAGAUCAGGAAGUCGCUCGAGAAGUGGCAGCAGGAUGUCCAAUCGUUCUCGAAGUGGCAGUAGGGCUUCGGAAGUGUCUAGGACUUCUGUUAGGUCACGCAGUGGAAGUGCAGCUUCAAGGCAGUCCAGAAGCUCCAAUAAGGACCGUGGAGAUUCACGAUCACGAUGUGGAAGUAGGAUGUCUAUGAGAUCGCGUAGUGGAAGUGCCAAAUCGGGCAGAUCCAGAAGUGGAAGUGCUAAAUCUGAAAAAUCUCGCGGUGGAAGUGUUGGAUCGCACAGAUCUAGGAGUGGAAGUGUCAAGUCUGGUAGAUCUCGGAGUAGAAGUGUUAGGUCACACAAAUCCCGGAGUGGAAGUGCAAAGUCUGCACGAUCCCGGAGUGGAAGUGCAAAGUCUGCACGAUCCCGAAGUGGAAGUGCAAAGUCUGCACGAUCCCGGAGUGGAAGUGCAAAGUCUGCACGAUCCCGGAGUGGAAGUGCAAAAUCUGGAAGAUCCCGCAGUGGUAGUGUUAGGUCUCGCAGAUCUCUGAGUGGGAGUGUAAAGUCAGGAAGGUCUCGGAGUGGUAGUGCUAAAUCGGGCAGAUCCAGGAGUGGAAGUCGAGCUUCCGUGAGAUCACGCAGUGGUAGCCGCCAUUCAUCACGCAAAUCCAGGAGUCCCCGUAAAUCCAGAAGUGUUUCCCGUAGUCGCUCGCGCAGCGGGAGUGCCCGAAUGUCCCGUUCCAGGAGCCGUUCCCGGGCUUCUUCGCGAUCACGCAGUGGCUCUAGAUCCAGAUCACGAUCCGGAUCACGCAGUGUGAGCCGAUCCCGUAGUAGGAGCUACUCCAGUCGUUCCCGGAGUAGGUCCCGCAGUCGUAAGCGAUCACGCAGUCGAUCAUCCAGUCGAAGUACUUCCCGAUCCAGAUCGAGAUCGAGAUCGAGAUCUGGAUCUCCGGUCAGGAAGCGCCGAGCGGCCCUGAUCUCAGGCUCAGAGGACGAAGGGGAUGAGGCUCAACAGAAGAAACCCGAAGAUGGAGCAGAAGCAGCUGGGCUUGUGGCGGACGGGGCUCAAAAUCAAGAUGGUAAUGGAGCAUUGUACAGUUCCGGGGAUGAGGGCAUUGAGGAGAAGGGAGGUGGUGGUGGAAGUGAAUUUGUGUCAGAUUUCGAUGCGAUGCUGGCUAAAAAGCGCGAAGAGAAAUCCCGUAGACGAAAGAAACGCGAUAUCGACAUCAUCAAUGACAAUGAUGACCUGAUUGAUCAGCUAAUUCGGAACAUGAAGAUAGCUGCUGAGGAAGAUAGAGAAUUAAAUAAGGAUAAUCAGCCUGCCACUAAGAAAAUAUCAAUGCUGAAGCCUGUCAUGUCGCAAUUGAUAAAGAAAGACUUGCAGCUGGCUUUUCUUGAGCACAACAUUCUCAAUGUGCUGACAGACUGGCUGGCACCGAUGCCCAAUAAGAGUCUCCCUUGCCUGCAAAUCCGCGAGAGCAUCCUAAAGCUUCUCUCCGAUUUUCCAACAAUCGAUAAGAGCUAUCUGAAGCAUUCGGGCAUUGGUAAGGCCGUCAUGUAUCUCUACAAGCAUCCCAGGGAGACCAAAGCUAACCGUGAUCGAGCUGGGCGUCUCAUAUCGGAAUGGGCACGUCCGAUUUUCAACUUGAGCGCUGAUUUUAAAGCUAUGUCUCGUGAGGAACGUCAACAGAGAGAUCUAGAUCAAAUGCCUAAGCGUCGUAAGACAAGUCCUGAACCAGGAUCAUCAGGUUCUAAGAAAGACUUAAAUGCUUUUGCUACAGAAGAGAAAGCUCUUCGGCCAGGAGAUAAGGGUUGGGUGGGACGUGCACGAGUACCCAUGCCAUCAAACAGGGAUUAUGUGUUACGGCCACCGUCAAGUUCGGACGUUGAUAUGAGUCGCACCACAAAGAGGAAGCCCAACAGGUAUGAGCAACAUUUGAAGAAGUUUAUUGAGGCAAAGAGGCAGAAGAAGUCACGUCGAGCUGUUGAAAUAUCUAUUGAGGGACGCAAAAUGGCACUGUAGCGACAUUAAUAAAAAAAAUAUAAUGAAUUAAACAAAUGUCUAAACCUUAAA